GGACCUCCUGUGGCGCAAAAGAAAUUCAAAGCAGGACCCACAGCCAUCAACUAACCAAAGACGAUGGAACCCUCUUGAGGCCUUGAGAGCAGCAUAAUAAAAUCCAAUUCCAUUCACGCUUCUUUCUCUUCGGAAGAAAGGCAGGUGCUCUCCAACUCUGUCUCCCUUUUUUUUGCGCUUUUGAACUCUCUUGCUCUUCACAUGUCUGUCUUUCUUGUCCAAACACCAAAAUGAAUUCGCAAAGUUAGUCGCUUUCGUCCCACAAGGUCUCCAUAUUGAGACCAUUUAGCUUUAAUAAGUUGAGGUUUGAUAUGAUUCCCUGUUAUGUAGCAUGUACUGGUAGAUAUGUCCAGAGCGAGCUUUUUUGCUUCUGCUGAAUAGAGUGGUCAGCCUUCCAAGUUUGUGAGCUGAAAAGAUGUCUAGUAUUGUGUAUAGGAGGAAGCAACAAGAUGGAAGCUUGACAUAUGCUCCUCCUCAGUCACCUCUCCUUUCAUCGUCAAGUCCUUACAUCAUGAGCUACGGCACAGAAUCAACUCCGGAAUCAUCUUCCACUCGAAUUAGCCCCGCACUGCUCCUGUUCAUCGUAAUUCUAGCUGCUGUCGUCUUCAUUUCCGGUCUGCUUCAUCUGCUCAUCAGAUUCCUCUUAAGGAGGCCAUCUACAUCCAUCUAUGACUCCAAUAGGUACACGGAGAGCUCGGACUCUCAUGCCCUUCAGAGGCAGCUUCAGCAGCUCUUUCGUUUGCACGAUUCCGGCCUCGAACAAACCUUGGUAGAUGCUUUGCCCGUUUUCUACUACAAAGAAAUCAUCGGGCUGAAGGAACCAUUUGAUUGUGCUGUUUGUCUGUGUGAAUUCUCGCACAAUGACAAGCUCAGGUUGCUUCCCACGUGCAGCCAUGCUUUUCAUAUCAGUUGCAUCGACACAUGGCUUCUUUCCAAUUCGACGUGCCCACUUUGUCGAGGGUCCCUUGUGAACACGGGUGCCGUGGCUGGCCCGCAAGCGCUCAACUUAGAUGAUUCUUGGAGAUUGCCUAGUGCAUUUCCCAUUAAUGUGGAAAAUGCAGCUCACUGUGGUCCAAAACUUGCCAUAGAUGAAGAAAAGGACAGCCAAAAGAGGGUCUUUUCUGUGAGGCUUGGAAAGUUUAAGAGCUUGAACGUGGAUGAAGAGAGCAGGGAGAUAAAAGAAGAGACUAGUAGUUGCCGUUUGGACUCGAGAAGAUGCUAUUCAAUGGGUUCGUAUCAGUAUGUGGAGGGUGCUAUGGACCUGCAAGUGGCUUUAUCCAAUCCUUGCACCCACAACGCGAGGGUUGUUUUGAAGAAUGGAAAUGUGAGGGGGCGACAGUAUCGGAUCUCUCCGGGGGAUGAAGAGGGGAAGAAGAUCAGCGGGAGGUCAAGGGGAGAAAGCUUCUCUGUUUCCAAAAUCUGGCUUUGGUCUAAGAACAGCAGAGGCCCGAGUUUUCCGAAUGAUCAUGUUGUUGUCGCUCGUCAACCAGCAGGAGUACCAAAUGAUGGUGCGAUUGAGGAAGUUUGAGACUUUUUGUUUCCAGAUCUAAUUUACAUAGAUUACUGCAGACCCCAACAGUUUCAUGUUUCUUUCUAGCUAUCUCGAAAUUAGUAUGAGAUGUCCCAUUUAGGAGCCAUUUAGCCUAGGUGCUGGCUCGAGUUUUUUUUUGGUGACUUCUCUAGUUCACAUAGGCAAGCAGAUACUUUUUCAAUAUCUAUCUUCUUGUUAUCUUUAAUUCCUGCGAAUCUCUCAGACAAAUUCAAGAAUCAAUGAAGAUGCCUGAGCUUUUGUUC